CGGUAAGAAUAGUGAUCUCUGUAGCCUAUGUUACGUUGUGUGGACUGUAAAGAUGGGGUGGGGGGGUUCAUGAAUAUUGUACAUCACAGGUUUGUUUGAGGUUAAAUGCAAAGCACAGGAGAUGGAUGGAUUUGCUGAGAGGGAGACAGGAAGAGACAGGAAGAGAGAAGGUUUCAGCUCACCUCUCUGGCCUUGCAGCUGUGGCAAUAACAUAUUGAGAUAUUGAGUGUCCAACAAGCCCUAACAUGGGUGUGACCUUUGUACUCUGACCCAAUCACCAUCGCUACAAAAAACAGCCUGGUUUUACAAUCUUAUCAUAUGCACCUUUACACCUUGCUAUGCCCACCUUGAGCAGAAUUCCCAUGUUCAAACAAGGCAAUGUCUCUCCGUCUCCAAGCCAAAGCAACACAUAUAACCAUAACUCCAAAUUGACAGACCACUAUUGCACUGGCUACAAACACAUUCUGAUUCUUCUACCUACAUAGACUUAAAAUACUGCCCUUAAAACAGCAUGGCUGAAUUACCAUCAAUGACUUUUCUUCAGCAUUGGAUGCGACACGGGAAUAGGAAUAAUAACUGCAUUUGGGACCUCACGGGAGAAGCCUUGUCUGAACCAAAUCCAUUCAUUCUGUAUUUGUGUAAUGGUUAAUUCUGCCAGGAGAUGGCAGGAGAGCUCCAGCGCUGUAUAGCGCAUCUAGAUUACACAACGUUACUGAAGGAGAACUGAAACCACACCAGUGUGAAAUUUGAAUAUGGUGACGUGACGUAGGUCUAACGCCACAUUAUUGAACUUUGCGCUUGACCUUAAAUUGUUUUCACACUUUAAUAUAUAGGGUACUCAUUAUUUUAACCUUGUGUGGUUAAAUUGAAAUUAAAUGGUCUUAAUAGCAGCACACAAUUCUGAUAUAGGUUUCUACAACUGCCUGGUUUUAACUAAAGUAGUUUUAAACGUUUCUUCAUUAAUAUUUAUUUAUUUUAGUAAGAAUAAUACUCUAUCAAAUAUUUGUAUCUUUAAGCCAAAAGUAGACCUACAAGUCGGGGUUUUAUGACCACGUAUAUAAAAUCAGGCAGGUCUCAUAGACUAGACAUAAAUGUAAAUGUACAUCCGGGAUGGUCAAAUUAGUAUGAUAUGUUAAGUUUGGUAUGGUUACAUAACGUUAGCUUUAGCGACCUAGACACCUUGCUAACGCUAGCCACAACAAAUUGGAAUUUGUUACAUAUCAUACAUUUCGAAAAUCCGUAGAAUACUGUACAUUUUUUAAAUUCGUAACAUAUUGUAUGAAUUGCAAUUCGUAACAUAUUGGACGAAUUAAAUGUGUAACAUAUCAUAUGAAUUGUAAUUCGUAACAUAGCCUAUCAUACGAAAUGGAUGAUGGACAUCCACAAAGUAAUACCAUACAAAACGUAGUAUGUACAAAAUUAAUAACUAAGAUUUACGUAGCCUACAGAAUAAUACGAAAUGCUCUGAGACCAGGUUGCAAAUCUGUCUGACAAAUGUGAAAGCAGCCAAACACAGCAACAUUAAACAUAGGCCCUACUGGGAAAUAAAUAUUUAUUGAGGCUGUUGUUCAAAAUUACAUGAAAAAUGCUUAUCAUUCUAACCCCUACCCAUAUGUUAGGCUACCACGCACAGUAAAACAGGCAUUCAUUUAGGGCAAGCAGCAUUUAUCCGAUUUAAAAUUCUGCUGGCAGUCGAGUUUGCGAGGUGCCUCGUCUUUUUUAGUAAAGGAUUUUAUAGGACAUGUGACUAAAUUACCCGCUCACAUGGCCGCUGUGUUUGCAUGAUCCGCUUUAGUUUUUAAAGUCCAGUGCUCGAGCUCGCUCUGCAUCAACCAUCCGGAGCAGAAGACCACUAAAGAGCACGACCUAACCAGACAAAUCAUGGCGAGCAGUGGACAAAAAGUAGUUCUGAUCACCGGUUGCUCCUCCGGCAUCGGGUUACGAAUCGCCGUCCUGCUGGCCAAAGAUGAAAAGAAGCGUUACCAUGUCAUUGCCACCAUGCGGGACCUGAAGAAGAAGGAUAAGCUGGUGGAGGCAGCAGGUGAUGCGUAUGGGAAGACCCUCAUGCUGCUGCCUCUGGACGUGUGCAGUGAUGAGUCAGUCAAGCAGUGCAUCAACAGUGUCAAGGACCGCCAUAUUGAUAUCCUCAUCAACAAUGCAGGUGUGGGCUUGUUGGGACCCGUGGAAAGCAUCUGUAUGGAGGACAUGAAGAGGGUGUUUGAGACCAACUUCUUUGGCGUGGUGAGGAUGAUUAAAGAGGUCAUGCCUGACAUGAAGAAGAGGCGGGCGGGACACAUCGUGGUCAUGAGCAGUGUUAUGGGUCUACAGGGUGUGGUGUUCAACGAUGUCUACACUGCCUCCAAGUUCGCCAUGGAGGGCUUCUGUGAGAGUAUGGCUGUCCAACUGCUCAAGUUCAACGUCCAUUUAUCCAUGAUUGAGCCAGGGCCGGUGCACACUGAGUUUGAGACGAAGAUGAUGGAGGACGUGGCCAAGAUGGAGUACCCAGGAGCUGAUGCAGACACAGUGCGCUACUUUAAAGAUGUUUACCUGCCCUCCUCCAAGGAUAUCUUUGAGGCCAUGGGCCAGACCCCAGAGGACAUCGCCAAGUGUACUAAGAAUGUGAUUGAGUCAAGGAACCCUCGCUUCAGGAACCUGACCAACAGCCUGUACACGCCCAUCGUGGCCAUGAAGUACGCCGAUGAGACAGGAGGCCUGUCAGUCAAUACCUUCUACAACCUGCUGUUCAACUUCGGCCCCCUCAUGCACAUCACCAUGAGCAUCCUUAAGUGCCUGACCUGCAGCUGCCUGCGCCGACGCACCAUCUCACCAAACUGAGACUGGGUCUGACAUGGAAACCUAUUCCCUAUAUUGUGCACUACCAGGGUGAAAAGUAGUGUAUUAUAUAGGGAUAGGGUGCCAUUUUGGAUGCACCCUAUGAGAAAUAUACUGUGGUGUAGCUGAAUUAUUGACACCCAAACCUGGACCACCUGGGGGAAGGAGGGGGCAUGUAGUUCUCGGGGAGAGAACCAGGAUAAGCUUUGGCCAGGCAACACGCACAAUUGCACAAACACAGACAGUACAGUGUGACCUCAUACAUGGGGCUAAGAGUUUUUUCUGGUCAGAUCAUGUGAUCGGGAAAAACUCCUGGCCCUCUUCAUACAUACACAUGAUCACACACAAACAACUUACCCACAAACACAGCCAGGCAUCUCCUCCGUCCCGGUCUUUUGAGGUGCUGCUGGGCAAUGACACUGUCCUUCCAUCUGUCUAUCUGUCUGUCUAUCUGUCUAUCUGUCUGUGGAUGGAAAAACAAAGCACACAUAACUUAAGCAGUUACAAAGAAUAACAAACGAACAACAGCAUUACAAUCACAGUGAAAGCGUAACGUAGCACCCAAUGAACUUAAGACUCAGGCCUUGCUAAACUCUUAGUACAAUGCAGUAUUUAGCUCUGAGUUACGAAGAAUCUACUAGAUUCCUUCAUUGUACAUUUGAUUUGAUGUAUGUCUUCAUGAUUGUAUUGUUUUGCUGUUUAAUCAUAUUAUUUCUGCAUCUUUUUAUAAGCUGAAUGUGUGGUUUUUAAAAGUUUAUGAAUGGAUAGAUUGUUAAUAUCUUAUUUUGAUUUCGAAAUAAACUUCUUGGUUUACUCUGAAA